CCGGAGACUCCCACAGAGCGGGCUCGCCGGUCGCCGUGGAAGCUGACGGGUGCAGGAAGGAAGCCGGCGCUCUCCCGAGAGAGAAGCGGGACGGCCCGCGGAGGAGCCAGUCCGGCCCCGGAGAAGAGAACCGGAACUGGAUAUAGAGACACCGCUCUACUCUGCACUCUCCGGACCCAGUUAGAUGCUGUACCGGGCCUGGUUACCAUGGUAACCGGAGUCGCAGUUUGUCUCCAGACUAAGACGUGUGCGUUUCCCCCAAGUUUGGAUUAAGUUCCAAAGGCCUGUCUCAACACCAUCAUGACGGUUUCCUCAAAGGGUCUUCUCACCCACAUUUCCCAGUUCUGGAGUAUGCUCGAUGAUUUGGCUGAAAAUGACCCCCAGCGCUACUGGAACUUCAUUCAGCAGGAGAUGAAAGAUGGCAAACAGCUCUGUGUCGACCCAGAACCUCAACUCUGUGUACAGACCAAGAUCCUAAAACCAAAAGAAAAAGUACUUUUUAUCAACCUAUGUCAAUGGGAAAGGAUCCCCGCUCCACAGUCAGCCACUCAUCCUGUACCUGUAAGUGUUGGCAGACCAGAAGAUUCCACUGAGGCAUCAGAUGCUUGUACCAUCAUCGAUGUUGCCUACAAUCCUGGUGUUCUGCAAGCAGCACAAAAAGACCAAGGAAUCAAAGAUCAGUUAAUAAAAAUGGCCAUGCUGUGCAUCGAGGAGCGACUCCAGUUCACACUUGCACAUUCAUACCAUGUUACUAGUUUUAGAAUGAAAGGAAGCAUCCAGAGAAUGAAAGAAAGUCUGAUGGGCAUUAAAACUGACUUCCCAGACAUCAAAGCGAUGAUGAGAACAGAAAAUACUCUUGAGAGGAUCAGAAGCAGCACUGUGAGUGACCCUAAUCACCUUCCCGAGGUGCUACCGACAAAAAGACAAGUGUCGGCCCAAGGACGAUGUCUUAUAGAAGAGAUUUCUAGUUCAGAAAUCCAGGUGGAGGUUCAGAAGCCUGCCUACAAAUUAAAGGUUAUAAAGGAUCAGAACGAGAAACCUCUGAAAAUCGAGCUGAAAGUCGAGCUACCUGGAAUUAAGUCAUUCUCUCUCUGUGAACUUAGUGUUUCUGAGGUUGAUUUAUUGAUUGAGGUCUCUGAGAUGUACCGAUUAUACCUGAAUCUUCCAGAAUCGAUUAAUACAGAACUGACUACAGCAAAAUUUGUCAAAAAUAAAUCCUUAUUAAUCAUUACAAUGCCCCUGGCAUAAAAACA